AUGGGCAUCGCUUGUCGGCACUCAAGAGAUAUGCGAAUCAGUCCACAGCAUAUCACCACAGACCUUGAAUACGCUGAUGAUGUGUUUCUUUUUGCUGAAAGUUAUGAAGAAAUGCAAAUAAUGUUAAACAAUGUGUCAACAACUGCAGCGAAAAUUGGACUCAGAAUCAAUGUAAAUAAAUCGAAAAUGUUUUCUUAUAUACAAGGUAAUGAUAAAAUAUCUAUUUUUAUCAAUUCAUUGCCGGUUGAGGAAAUGCUGGACUUUAAAUAUCUUGGAUCCACUCUAAUCCCAAAUGGCCAGGCGAAGGCUAAAAUUAUAGCCCAUAAUGACAGCUAG